AUGGUAUAUGCCAAGUUUGAAGAUUCAAGUAUAUACUUGGCUACACCCAGAAAAUCAAGUGCCGAUCCGUACGAAACGAUACACUCAUUGAAAUACAUGGACGCAGUCAUCGAAGAAACCCUACGACUAUUCCCGCCCCUCCUGUUCCUGAAUAGGGUGGCCACCGAAGACUACGAGCUAAAGGGCACCGGUAUUACUAUUAAAAAGGAUCACGUGGUGCACAUCCCAACCUACGCCAUGCAUAGAGACCCGGAAUACUUUGCCGAUCCGGAAGUGUUUAGACCGGAAAGGUUUUUAACGGAAAACAUAGCCCACAAUCCCUAUACGUAUUUGCCAUGGGGUGCCGGCCCUCGAAACUGUCUGGGCACGCGAUUGGCUCAGUUGGAGAUUAAAUUAGCCCUGGUCAAUCUCGUGCAUCGUUAUGUUUUCCACACAACAGACAAACCAUUGCAGCAAAGUGUUUCCGGUGAUCUAAUUAUAACGAAAUCAGUGGAUUUGAAAAUUGAAAGGCGAUUCGAUGAGCCGACCACUGGUUUGGACGCAUUUAUGGCCAAAAGUAUAGUACAAGUUCUGAAGACUAUGGCAUCGGAGGGACGGACUGUCAUCUGUACUAUACAUCAGCCCUCGUCUCCAGUCUUUCAACUCUUCGACAGUUUAUUACUUAUGGCCGACGGAAGGGUAGCUUUCAUGGGCUCUAUCGGUGACGCCAAGGAUUUAUUUUCAUCGCAAGGAUUAGGCACCACCCGAGGAACGCCCACAUUAAAUAUACCGAUACUGGGAUCGGGCUAUAAGGCUGGCUAUUGGCGACAAUUUAUAACACUAUUGUGGCGCUCGUAUGUAACCCUAAUCCGUAAUCCCCAAUUCAUACUAGACCGAUUGGCUAUGUAUUUGAUUAAUGUAUUCUGGAUGGGCAUUAUGUUUUAUAAUAUUGGACACGCCUACUCCGAUGCGAGUAAUAUCAUGGGAGCACUUAUUAUGGUUAUGGGAGCCAUUUGUAUACCACCCAUGUAUUUUGCUUUAGUGACAUUAGUGGAUGAGAUGCCACUGCUGUAUAGGGAGCACCACGACCGUACGUACGCUGUGCUGCCAUAUUUUUUGUCUACCAUUAUGAUCCAGUGGCGAAAUGUGGGAAACAUGUCGUCCGCCGACACCACAAACACCAUACAAUCGACGACUACUUAUACCUCCGGAGUAGAAGUGAUUGAAUCCCAGGGUUUUGAUGAGUCGGCGCUCAUGUGGUGUCCGUUUGCACUCAUGGCCUGGGCUUUGGUUUAUAUGUUUGUCGCGUAUAUCGGCUUAUGUCGGAAAGUCCGACGCAAACAGUGA